UGUCUCUCACUCUUCUCUCAUCUCCCUUCCCCUCUAACCACUUUCCUCCCUUAAUUCCUCUCCCUAUAUUUAUUUUUCUCUUGUUUUCCCAUUCAUUUUACUCUCCAACUAAUUAUACACACUCACCACUUUAAGGUGAAAAAAUGCAGCCGUCCGGUGAUCCAACGCCGGAGAAAGACAAGGCGCAGCCAAAAGUGUCACUGCUGAAGCUCUUCUCAUUCGCAGAUUUCUAUGAUUGCGUUCUCAUGACCCUCGGAUCCAUCGGAGCGUGCAUUCAUGGCGCCUCGGUUCCUAUCUUUUUCAUCUUCUUUGGCAAACUCAUCAAUAUUAUUGGUCUUGCGUAUCUUUUCCCUAAACAAGCCUCUCACAGAGUCGCCAAGUACUCACUGGAUUUUGUAUAUCUAAGUGUGGCUAUACUAUUCUCAUCAUGGUUAGAGGUUGCAUGUUGGAUGCAUACGGGAGAGAGGCAAGCGGCGAAGAUGAGGAGAGCUUAUCUCCGGUCGAUGUUAAGCCAAGACAUAAGCUUAUUCGACACUGAACUAGCUAGCCACAAAACAGUUUGA